CAUAUUCAUUCAGUAUUGUUUUAGCCGUAAUCCGGCGCGCACGUCUGAGUGUACGUUUCGGAUACUAGAUAAGAAUAAAUUGAUAAAAUAAUAUAAUAUGAAAACAAUUUUAUUGUUCUUAUAACAUAAUUGUGCGGUGACGAAAAAUGAUGACAACAUUUCUGUUUAUAAUUCUCUUUUGCGUGGGAGUGCACGGCGAGAAGGGGUAUAGAUUGAAACAAGUUUUAAUAUUGAGUCGACAUAACAUUCGUGCACCGUUGAGUGAUGAUUUGCAAAGAACUACGGACCUAGAAUGGCCAACAUGGAAAACUGAAGUGACACAUCUAACAGCAAAAGGAGCAUUACUGGAGGGUUACAUUGCUAACUACAUUGCAGAAUGGUUGAAGAAAGAAGGUCUAAUUGACGACACGUGCCCUACGAAAGACGAAAUUCAAGUAUACGCGAAUACGUGUCAACGCACUAAGGAAACGGCAAAAGCAUUCGUCAAGUCCGCUUUCAAAAAUUGCAACAUCACUGUUUUCUCCAAAAAUACAGACAAAAUGGAUCCUGUUUUUAAUCCAAUUAUACAUAAUGUUACAGAUGAAUUUAAGGAAAUUGGUGUUAGAGCAAUGAAAGAUAAACUAGAUGCGUUGAAUAUGAAAGAUGCAUAUGCAUUAAUUGAUAAAAUAAUCGACUUCAAAAAUUCUGAUAUCUGUAGAACUGAAUCAAUCUGUGACCUAGUCAACGAUAAUAAUAAUAUCAUAUUUGAAGUUAACGAAGAACCAAAUAUUUAUGGACCAUUGUCAAUCGUUAAUUCCGUAGCAGACUUCUUUCUUAUGAGCCUUUAUGAAGGAUUUGCGCAAGAAGACAUCGCAUGGGGAAAAUUGAUAGAAACACACGACUGGAGGUUGUUAUCUGAUAUAGUACGAGAAAAUCAAAUCAUAAGAUUCGGUAGUUCCAUUUUAGCCAAAGAUGUCGCAAAAACAUUGAUAAAAUAUAUGGCAAAUAUUUUUUUUAAUGAGAAAAGCGCGCCAAAGUUAACUUUAUUGGUCGGCCAUGAUUCUAAUUUGAAUUCUGUUAUGACUAGUUUGGGUUUUAAACCUUUCGAAUUGCCAAAUCAAUAUGAACGGACGCCUAUUGGCGGGAAAUUGGUAUUUCAAAGAUGGAGUGAUGAAAAAGGUGGUCGUGACUUGUUGAAAGUUAAUUAUGUGUAUCAAACCGUAAAACAAUUGCGACACGGCACUCCACUGUCGUCAGAGAAUCCACCAAAAUCAGUUACAAUGGAAAUUGAGGGGUGCGAAAUUAAUGAAAGAGGAUUUUGUUUGUGGGACGAUUUUGUUAAAAUUCUUACAAUGUUAGAUUAAUUUUUUCCCAAAAAAAAUAAUAAAUAAAAAGAAACUUAAAGUUUUAACUAUCAACGAAUUAACAGUAGUAAAUUAAUUAUAAUUAUUAAACCAAUGCACGUGUUACUGUUAUUAUUUCCUUCUAUACUUAUUAUAAAGAAGAAUUACAUUUUGCUCUACAAAGAAAUCAGCUAUUUGAUCGCAACUAAAUAAAUAUUGAUCAUGCUAUUUUUAUUUUAAAAUAAAAAAAAAGUAAAAAUGACUUUGCACAGCAAAGAACAACGGUGACUUUAAUCGUCAAAAUUAAUGGACAUUGGAUCAAUACAAAAGAGAUUAUUGAAAUUUGUAACAUAUAUCAUGUAUAUUUAUUAUUUUAAUUCAAAUCAGUUUUAUAUAGGGCAUCUUGGGUCACCAUAAUGCAUAAACUUCGUAACAGACUGAAAAUGCAACCACAAAAACGAAACCAAAAUUACAUUUGUGUGCGUGAAACGUAAGUGUAAGCAUGGAACAGUGCUGCACCAUGCACAUUCUAUCGUUAUAUGAUUUAUCGAUACUUAUAAGCAAAUAUAAGCUCAAAACUUUCGAACAAUUUUAUUUAACAAUUAAUAAUUUUAAAACUUAACAAUAUUUUAUGUACAUAUUAUGUAAUAAUCGUGUAUAAUAUAUGAUAUCACACAUAUAACAGUGUAUUUAUAAUCAACUUAAAAAAAGAGAAGGUUCUCAGUUCGGUUGUGUUUCUUCAGAAAUAAUAUCUUUUAACAUUGUUUUCUCAUUGUGAUUAUUUCUUGUAAUUGUUUAUAUCAACAAUAAGUUUACUAUUGUAAUCUUUUGGAGGAAAUAAUAAAGAGUAUCUAUCUAUCUA